ACUUGUACAGAGAGACGACAUGGGGACUGAAGGCAAGGUUAUUAAGUGUAAGGCGGCGGUGGCUUGGGAGCCACGGAAGCCUCUUUCACUCGAAGAGGUGGAGGUGGCCCCUCCCAAAGCCCAUGAGGUCCGCAUUAAGAUUGUGGCCACUGGGGUGUGUCACAGUGACUUAGCAGUCCUGAGAGAAACACCACUCCCACAAGGUGGAAUGCACACCUUCCCGAUCCUCCUGGGACAUGAGGCAGCUGGCAUAGUGGAAAGCAUCGGCCCCGGGGUCACCAAAUUCUCCAAAGGAGACGCGGUCAUCCCUCUUUUUGUGGCUCAGUGUGGGGAGUGUGAAUACUGCCUGUCUCCAAAAACAAACAUGUGCAAGACACACUGGGAGGAAUUCCUGAAGGGGGUACUUUUGGAUGGGACCAGCCGGAUCACCUGUCAGGGGAAGGAGAUUUAUCAGUUCUCUGCCUUGGGUACUUUCUCAGAGUACACUGUUGUCCCAGAAAUCUCACUGACCAAAAUCCGGAAGGACGCCCCCCUGGACAAAGUCUGCCUGUUGGGGUGUGGGAUCUCCACGGGAUACGGGGCCGCCAUCAACUCUGCCAAGGUGGAGCCUGGGUCCACGUGCGCGGUGUUCGGUUUGGGGGCCAUUGGUUUGGCGGCAGUGAUGGGGUGUAAAGCAGCCGGGGCAUCCAGGAUCUUUGCUGUGGACAUCAACAAGGACAAGUUCCCCAAGGCCGAACUGUUGGGGGCGACUGACUUUGUCAACCCCAAGGACCACGACAAGCCCAUCAGCCAGGUGCUGGCAGAGAUGACCAAUGGAGGGGUGGACUUCGCCUUGGAGUGUGUCGGCAGCGUGGAAGUGAUGAGAGCUGCUCUGGAGUCGUGUUGUAAUGCCUGGGGGACCUGUGUGAUCGUGGGGUACGUUCAGGAGAAAGACAUGACCUUGGCACCCUUAAGCCUCCUGCUGGGCCGUACACUGAAGGGAACUUUCUUUGGGGGAUGGAAGAGUGUGGAGAGUGUGCCCAAGCUGGUCGAUGACUACAUGAACAAGAAGCUCAAGGUGGACGAGUUUGUGACCCACAACCUUCCCCUGGAAAAGAUUAAUGAGGGUUUUGACCUCAUGACAAGUGGGAAAAGCAUUCGAACGGUCAUCAAAAUGGCCUAAAAGAGGCAGGCUGGAGGUUGAGCACAGAGACAUGGCUCCCACUACCCUCCCCCACGCCACACCCUGAUGGCUCUGACCUGUAUGAGAUGUAAUGUAAUGUAAUGAGAUGCAUAAAAUCAAAUGGCAGUUCUGAUGAUUAUGGCAACCUUUAAAUGGAUAAUUAUGGAAAA